AAGGUAACGGAGACGGCGGAUUUUGUGUUCAUUAAUAUCGUUGGCGCGUAGCUUCGAAUUACACGGGGACAACUUUUCCACUCCGAGUUUCAUGUACUGCCUUGUCGCACACGUGUGGAAAUUCACUCGCGGAACUACGUAUACACUGUUCAGUUUGUUGAUAGUAUAACAAGACGAUCGUUGUAACUGUAUGGCUCGUGUGACACGCUCCUAUUUCUGCGUGGGUUUUGCACCUCCUGGUGUAUAUACCAUAAUUCUUUUUUGUGUUUUUUGUUUCUAUCACUUUCAAUGUAAACAAGAAACUAACGUGUGGGUCUUUGGCUAUGGAUCUUUGAUAUGGAAAGCGGACUUUCCGUACGAGAAAAGAGUCGUGGGCCACAUCAAAGGCUAUGUAAGAAGAUUCUACCAAAAAAGCACUGAUCACAGAGGUGUACCUAGUCGUCCUGGUCGAGUUGUCACUCUCCUUCAAUCUAAGAAUCCCGAUGAAGAAGUCUGGGGCUGUGCCUACAAGAUUGCCACGGAAAAUAUUGAAAGUGUAACUCAACACCUUGAUCACCGGGAACGAGGAGGCUAUGAAAGGAAAGAUGUUCUCUUCCAUCCACGUAAUCAUUCACAAUCAGAAGAAAUAGAGCCAUUUCAUCUAUUUAUUUACAUUGGUCACGAAGAUAAUCCCAACUUUGCUGGACACGAAGACAUUGAGACAAUAGCUGGACACAUAGCUGAAUGCGUUGGCGCAAGUGGACACAACACUGAGUAUCUGUAUAAUUUAGCCGCAUCGAUGCGUACUAUAGCUCCAACGAUAUACGAUGAGCACUUAUAUGAAUUAGAGGAUGCAGUUAAACGAAUAGAAAUGUCCAAAAAGAAAAAAACUAUAGAGUUUGACCGGCAUAAUCACAAUAUAACUGUUAAGUAAACAUUUUUUUAGACUAAAUCAAUUUUAUGAAAUUAACUAACCAUUAUCUAAUCGGAAAUCUCGUGCGUGAAAAUUACAAACAAAAUUAAAAGACGAACAAUACAUGAUAUUAAUAUUUUUUAACGGAUUUUAUAAUCUUUAUAACCGCUAAGGUUAGUUCAGCACUCAAGUGCAUGUGUAAAGAUCUGCUAAAGAAUGCUAUCAACUAUUCCAUAUUUGCAUUGUUAAGAAUUGUACAAAGUUUUUGAUCAUAUGACAAAAACAAACCGCUGCCUAUUCAUUGGCACGUAGCUUCCUCCAACUAAAUUUAUAGGUCCAAUGAAUAAAAUAUUGUUUUAAUAUACAGUAUAAUCUGCCUGUAAAUGUAUGAUGCGGUUUUUGAUACAUAAUUUAAUAUAUAA